CAAUUUUUCAAAAGUUUUGCCUUCGAUUGAACUUGGUCUUGAUCUUGAACUUUCGCCGAUAAUUUCAUUUGAUUCCGGUUUUUUCAAGUUCUGAUUCAACUGUGAGCUGCGUAGUAGCGAACAAAUUAUUUCAAGUAAUUCUGUGCUAGUGUUCUUCAAGAAACAAUUCAACUAUUUCAUCAACACCACACACAUCACACAUCCUCUGUACUGUUCCAGUAAGUUCGUGCUUUUUUGUUCAUAUCGUCGUUAUUGCUUGCAAUUUCUCUAAAAUACGUUUGAGAAAAUGAAAAAUGGAGUUUGUUAAUGAAAAUGCGCAUUAUUCGCAAGAUAGAAUUAAUUUAAAAAAUAAAUCGCCGUUCGAAAUCGCAAAAUCCAAUAAGAAAGCGUUAGGUGAUGUUGGCAAUUUGAUCCAUUCCAAAGCCACUCAAUCUAAUCUGAAAUCAACUCAUCUAAAAGUCGGCUCGUUUAUCGAUCAAAGAAUCAGAAGUCCUAAAUCGCCCAAACAGCAGAAUAAAGUUGCUCAAAAAUCGAAGAAAUCUACUCUGCUAGAAAAAAUGGACGACGAAUUUUUCAAAUGUUCUUGCUCAUCCCACGAUUCCGAUGAUUUUUCCUACGAGUUACCCGACUGCUUGAAAUUAUCCAAGAAAGAGAUCGAAUGUUUCGCUACCGAAUGGAGUAAUCUGGCACCGCUAGAAAUUGACAAUGAUCUGGAUGUCUCGUUGGAGCUCACACCGGUUUCGAAUGUUCCUUUAUAUGAUGAUGACUCGGAUGAUUCGUCGUUCAUGGACGUGUUGAAUGAAAGCCUAUAUUCUGUUUCUCAACUUCCUGAAAUAACCACCGCUGGAUGGGAAUUUGAUUAAAUGUUUUUGUACAAAUAACGAUUCCGGUGUAAUGCUAUAAGCUUUUCAUCGUGUGUUUCGAAAAUCGUAUCCGAUUGUGUUUACUUUUGAUAAUCUUUGUAUAAGCUAAGCGUAUUCGUAAUUUUUUUUUUCCUAAUGAGUGAAAUUGAUACGUGAGUUCGUGUCUCGUGUUUCUGUAAUAAAUUUCGUAUCGUGAUUUUC